AACAAAUUAAAAAAAAACCCAAAUUACAAAUGUUGAUGCUAAAAAGAGAAAGAACAGAGAGUGUGAGAGUGUGUAAUGAUGUAUAGGAUUACCUAGAUUGAGUGAAUGGUUAAGGUCUCUCAGACCCACAGAUUGAGAUUAAAAGGAACCAGAGAUGUGAAUUUUGUGACGUCAGCACAACUUAUUUAACCUCUUUGAGCCUCAAUUUUCUCAUCUGCAAUGUGGAAAUAAUCACAGGACUCCUGUGAGGAUGGAUGAGAUAAUGAAUGAAGUGUUUAGCCUGUAAAUAAAAGGCAGCCCUAAAUAAGUGGUAGUCAUACUUAAUGUUAAUGUUAGACAUGGUAUGGAGAAUGAACUUUAGGGGAAGGACUGGAAUGCAAACGGUUUAGUAAGGGAGCUGUUGCAAUAGCCAAUAGGGUUGAUGACAGCAGCCUGGAUUAGGAUGGUGACAGUAGAGGUGGAGAUAGAUUAGAGAGGAUUUUACAUGGAAGGAAGAAUUACCUGGGUUUUCUGGGUUUUUAUUGUCUAUGGGAGGAAAUAUAUUGGCAAAGGUCAGAAUUACUCCCUAAUUUCCAGCUUGAGUGUCUGGGAGGGGAGUCAGGGCACUGACUGAAAAGGGAAGCACAGACUCAGGAAUGAGUCACCAAUCCCACAACCCUAUGAGACAGGAACCAAGAAUAUGUCCAGAUUGGAGGGGAGAGAAAUUGGCAACACAAAGGGAGCAAACUGCCCACAAAUAGGCAACAAUAGAGCCAGACUCGUAGAUAGAGAGAGGAAGAGAAAGAGACACACACACACACACACACACGCAGAGGGAUGGAGUGAGGGAACAGAGAGAAGGAGUAUACUCUGAUGUUAGUCCUUCCAUCCAGGAUUUUCUUGUUAGUGGCUUCUUAGCUUCUCCUUUCUUAUAUUUCAGAAAUGACACAAUUGUCCAAUAGCAAGCUAAGUGUUCCCUCUAAGAGAGUCUGUGUUUCUGCUCAACCCCAAAUAAAUAACUUCUGCCUCUCCUCAUCAUGGGGAUAUUACAUCUAAUGGUCACUAAGAAGAUUUGGGGGAAAAAAAGCCCUUCUUACCUUCCCUUCAGUCUGAAGCAAAAAAGAGGUUUUUGGAAACAAGCCAUGCAAAUCUCUAAGCUCACAAUGAACUGUGAAUUGCAGAAGCAUAAGAACCCACAUUUAAAAAAUAAAAAAGGUGUAAACUUGACCUCUAGCUUGCUGUUCUGGCAUAAUUGGGCUCUGUUAUUUAACAGGGAGGUAUGAACAGAACACGCCCAUUUUGUAAGUGAAACUUUCUGCACCAGUGAAGCUAAAACAAAUAGCCAUUUCUUUUAAGUGCAAAAGUGGAAGUGUGACUGCAGGAGAGUAGGGUUAUGAACAAUUCUUAGUUCUUGAAAUUGUAAUGCACUGAUGGAUCUUUCUUUGCUCUCUCACUGCCUGUGUGUGGACAAUAGUUGAUAGUAGAAGCAGUGCCAACACUAAAAUCAAAGUAGGUGGUAGGGUGGGAACAGUGUGGCAUAAGUAGGGACAGGUGUUUAGUUCUAUUCUGACUGUCCAACUAGAGGAAUUCUAGUGUUAUAUAAGUUUCUACUAUGGGAUUAGAAUGGUUCUGCCACAAUGUGCUCUUCACAUGUCACAGUGAAAUCGGAAUAAUGUCUUUUGUAGCAACAUGGAUGGAGCUGGAGGCCAUUAUUCUAAGUGAAGUAACACAGGAGUAGAAAAUCAAAAACCAGGUAUUCUCACUUAUAAGUGGGAGCUAAGCUAUGAGCACGCAAAGGCAUGUGGAGUGAUAGUUAAGACAGCCAAAUUCUACUAAGUAGUCCCUCCUAGUCAGGGAGAGGAAAGUGGCAUAGUGGAAAUAUCAUAGGCUUCAGAGCAAGCCAGGAAUGAUAGUAAAUCCUAUCUUUACCAUUUUCUAGCUUUGCUACUUAAGGCAAUUUACUGAAUGUCUCUGAAGCUCAGUUUUUUCAUCUAGAUCAUAGGGUGAUAAUAGUUCCUACAUCUUAGGACAGUUGUGAAAAUUAAAUUAAAUAAAUAUACUUGAAAACUUCCAUUACAGAUUUUGGGAUACAUCCUUGAUUGUCACCACAUGAUAAUUAUUUCCUGCCUUUCCAUUUGUGAGAGUCCCUUCCACCCUCCAUUCUAAGUAACACAUACAUAAGCAAGAUGACUGCAUGACUAUUUAAGACGUAUCACAAAUAAGAGGACAAAUAGGGACAUGGACUAGAAUGGGGAAAAGUAAAAGUUUUAUUUACGGUAACAGCAGCUCAUAACAUCCGCACUCUUUUAUCUGUGAAUUCAUCACAUGAGGCUCUGUUUUUGUUAGCACAGCUCUAUUUCCUGGAGCAGGACUUAACAUGACAUAGGAAGCCAUUCUGCUACUUAUAAGGAAAAUCUAAAACCAGGUUACUUCUUUGUUUUUUGUAAACUUACUUUAAACCAAACAAAAUAAAAACAAUAAACAACAGAAACACUUCCCUAUCUGAGAAACAACCACAGUACAUUGUUUUUUUCCACUUCUAGCUCGAAAUACAGUAAACAUUCCUGCAAUAUGCACAGAAGGAACCAUAAAUCCAUGGCUAACCUUGACAAAUAUACUGAAACAUUCAAGAUGGGUAGCAACAGAACCGGCACUGCUGAGAUUUACUGUAAUGUCACUAAUGUGAAAUUUCAGUACUCCCUCUAUGCAACCACCUAUAUCCUCAUAUUCAUUCCUGGUCUUCUGGCUAACAGUGCAGCCUUGUGGGUUCUGUGCCGCUUCAUCAGCAAGAAAAAUAAAGCCAUCAUUUUCAUGAUCAACCUCUCUGUGGCUGACCUUGCUCAUGUAUUAUCUUUACCCCUCCGGAUUUACUAUUACAUCAGCCACCACUGGCCUUUCCAGAGAGCCCUUUGCCUGCUCUGCUUCUACCUGAAGUAUCUCAACAUGUAUGCCAGCAUUUGUUUCCUGACGUGCAUCAGUCUUCAAAGGUGCUUUUUUCUCCUCAAGCCCUUCAGGGCCAGAGACUGGAAGCGUAGGUACGAUGUGGGCAUCAGUGCUGCCAUCUGGAUCGUUGUGGGGACUGCCUGUUUGCCAUUUCCCAUCCUGAGAAGUACAGACUUAAACAACAACAAGUCCUGCUUUGCUGAUCUUGGAUACAAGCAAAUGAAUGCAGUUGCGUUGGUCGGGAUGAUCACAGUUGCUGAGCUUGCAGGAUUUGUGAUCCCAGUGAUCAUCAUCGCAUGGUGUACCUGGAAAACUACUAUAUCCUUGAGACAGCCACCAAUGGCUUUCCAAGGGAUCAGUGAGAGGCAGAAAGCACUGCGGAUGGUGUUCAUGUGUGCUGCAGUCUUCUUCAUCUGCUUCACUCCCUAUCAUAUUAACUUUAUUUUUUACACCAUGGUAAAGGAAACCAUCAUUAGCAGUUGUCCCAUUGUCCGAAUCGCACUGUAUUUCCACCCUUUUUGCCUGUGCCUUGCAAGUCUCUGCUGCCUUUUGGAUCCAAUUCUUUAUUACUUUAUGGCUUCAGAGUUUCGUGACCAACUAUCCCGCCAUGGCAGUUCUGUGACCCGCUCCCGCCUCAUGAGCAAGGAGAGUGGUUCAUCAAUGAUUGGCUAAAAUUAAGAUAUCUCUUUAAUUACGCCUUUGUUUACCUACGUUCCUUGUCUUUUUCCAAAGUCCAGAAUUGUCAACGAAUUUCUUUAAUUGAACCUUGUAAAGAACAGAAAUAAGUACUUUUGCGUAAUAUUCACAGUCAACAGGGGUGUGAUGGUGAAGGCAGAGUGUGAAAAACGUGAGAGAGGAAGAGAAAAUAGAUUUACCUGAUUCCUCUUUGAAAUUCAAGCCACUUUCUUAUUUAAGAAACCUAGAUCAAGUUUUUACAGAUGUAAAUAAAAGUUGAAUAGUUUACCUUAAAUUUUUUUCAAUAAGUAAGUUAUUGUUAAUAAUGCACAGUAAAUAUGUGAAUUUUUCCUAGCAUGUAAAAAAAAUAUUUCAUAUAAAGACCUUAAAUUCUGAGUGAGAGUAAAAAUGUCUAGUCUUUCUAACAGGUAAAUUUUUCUAACAGGCAAGACAGUGUGAAGAAUUGAAGCAAUAUAUGCAUGAAUUUCAGGACCACAAGCCCGUUAUUAAAGAAAAGGCAUGGAAAUUCAUUCAUUCCUUGAAAAUGUGUUGGGUGCCUAUUGUGUUCUCGGUUGUCACUUUGUUAGGUAUUUUUUUUUUUUUAUAAGUUAUUGGGUUACACGUGGUAUUGGUUACAUGAGUAAGUUCUUUAGUGGUGAUUUGUGAGAUUUUGGUGCAGCCAGCACCUGAGCAGUAUACACUGCACCACAUUUGUAGUCUUCUAUCCCUCACCCCCUUCCCACUCUUCCACACAUAACAUCUCAUCUUGCCCUCCUAAUAAACCUGUGGAAGUUGCCGAUACAAAAGAAUAAAUGGAACUUCAGAGAGGUUAAGCAAUUUGCCUCAGGAUCAACUGUGGUUAGCCAAAAUUGGUCCAGUAUAAUACACCAUAUAUGCUUAUGUUAUUCCCUUGUUUUUGUUGUUACAUUUAUUAGGUCUAUACUAAAUUAGCCUUCAAUGAUGAAGACAGACUAAAGCUAAGCCACAUGAGAUCAAGGCCAUUUCAACUUGGUUUGCCUGGAAUUCUCCAAAAAAUCUGUGGGUUGUGGGUUUGGCCUGUCAAGCUUCAGACCGCAAGGUCUUAAGUGGUAAAUAGAUGCGUUGUCCUAAUACUGUUCCAAGGUAGAGAAUCCUGAUGAUAAGGAGUAUAGGAAACUCAAAUAGUUCAUUAUUUCUAAAAAAUGUAUAUUUUGAGGCAUGAUACAAGUCCUACAAACCCCAUAAGUAGGUGAAAAAGAAACCUAUGGAGUGAUAAACAUUCUAUAAAACCUGGAAAUUUGUGGGGAGUUCACCUAAGCUCACUUUUCCUAAAUAUAGCUAUGUAAUAUUGUAAACAAAUUUGUUUUUUAGAAACUUUUAAGAAGAUUUCUGUGAGCAUAAUUGACAAUAUCUUCAUUAGAAGCAGAAAGUAUUAUCCAUCAUAAAUAUGAGAAAAGUGUGUGUCCUCUUUCUGACAAUCUUUUUAUCUUAUUUUUUCAAAUGUUAUGCGUGUUGUUUCAGCACCAUUUUAAAAAAUUUGAUAACAAACAAUCCCUCAGCUUAUCAGGUUGAAAUUUAUGAAGCUGACUUCAUCACUCUUAUCUUUUAUGUCUGCAAUAUAAAUAGCAUAGACAUUUGGUGUGAAGGGAGGAGAAAGGAAGUAGUAGUUCAAGAAUAUUCAUUUGAACAGAGUGACUAUGGAAGAAUGAAUAGCAAAAAAAGGAGAAUUUUUUUAAAAGAUCUCUCACUGGGAAAAGAAAACGUUAUGCAUUUAUAAAGUAAUUAAACUGGUUUUCCUUGUACUUUAUUAAUGUGGAUCUAAUGGCACUUCCUUACGAGGGUUUUCAGAUGUGCUUGUAGUUAAUGGCAACAUUAUCAGAAUGACUACAUAGACAGUCCUACUCUGAGGAGAUGACUUUGGAAGAAACCAAUUUGGAACUACACACCCUGCUAUGUCUGUGGAGAAAUAGAACCACAAUCCUCAAGAGUCACACUUCAUAUUCCUUCCUUUCAAGUGGUUGAUAACAGGUAGUGCUUCAAGCACAGGAUUUAUGGAAUAGUGGACAAAUUAAACAACAUGCUUUUUAUUUUGACUACCAUUUAAGUGGAAUCUUUGAACUUUUUUUUUGACAUGUGAAUCUCUAAUGUGGUGAGAGAGAAAAACAUAAAAAUAUAAAAACAUUCAAGCAAUCGACUGCUGGUUCUUUAAUUUUAAAGGGGAUAUCUUAUAUAAUGUCAAAGGAAAAGGUGACAGUGCUUCAGCUGAUGGCAUAGCAGUGCAAGAAAUCAGUGAAUUUGCUUUAAGGUAUUACAAUAAACAACAAUUUUAACAGUUAUUCCUAUGCUUGUCACAGGCACACAAUUUGAGACAAACAAGACAUCAAACAUACAUCCUUGAAUUAGUUUUUCAAAAAGUCAACACUAAAGCUAAGCAUUCCCCCGAAUCUCUGCAAGGCAUUUAUCAAAAUCCUCAUAGAACCCAUUCAGUAUCUCAUAACACUGAUGAAAGACUGUUUAAACUUCUGAGAGUUUUGGCAAAAAUGGGAAGGAAUUUAGCAAAAAUGGGAGAAAUAUAACCUUUGCAACAAUUUAUAUGACCUUAAAUGCCAUUUAUGCAUGACUGGAUAUGCUGUUUCUCUUUACAUUUUAAAAUAACUUAAAGAGUGUUAUUGGUUAGCUGGACGUGGUGGUGUGCACCUGUAAUCCCAGUUACUCGGGAGGUUGAGGCAGAAGAAUCACUUGAACCCAGGAGAUGGAGGUUGCAGUGAGCCGAGAUUGUGCCACUGACUGCACUUCAGCCUGGGUGACAGAG